AGCUGGUUGGGCUGAGGGCGCUGGGCCGGCUCCCGGCGUGAGGGAUGGGGCUGCGGGCCGCGUAGGGGCCAUGCCGCCCGGGCCCCGGGCCUCCCGCGUUCCGCGCCCCGGCCGCCGCGCCCCGCGUCCGCGCCGGUAUGGUGAACCUCGCGGCCCUGGUGUGGCGCCGGCUCCUGAGGAAGAGGUGGGUGCUCGCCCUAGUCUUCGGGCUCUCGCUCGUCUACUUCCUCACCAGCACCUUCAAGCAGGAGGAGAGGGCAGUGAGAGAUCGGAACCUCCUCCAGGUGCAAGACCACGAUCAGCCCAUUCUGUGGAAGGUGCAGUUUAACCUGGGCAACAGCAGCCGGCCCAGCAACCAGUGCCGGAACUCCAUUCAAGGGAAGCUCCUCAUCACGGACGAGCUAGGGUACGUCUGUGAGAGGAAGGACUUGCUGGUGAAUGGCUGCUGUGACGUCAGUGUCCCCAGCACCAAGCAGCACUGCUGUGACGGCUGCUUGUCCAACGGCUGCUGCAGCGCCUAUGAGCACUGCGUCUCCUGCUGCCUACAGCCCAGCAAGCAACUCCUCCUGGAGCGGUUCCUCAGCCGGGCAGCUGUGGCAUUCCAGAACCUCUUCAUGGCCGUCGAAGAUCACUUUGAAUUGUGUUUGGCUAAAUGCAGGACAUCGUCCCAGAGCGUGCAGCACGAGAACACCUAUAGGGACCCCGUAGCAAAGUACUGCUACGGGGAGAGCCCUCCCGAGCUCUUCCCGGCGUGACGGGCGCGGAAGACGGCUGAGCGCACGAGACCGAAGCACUUGCAGCCUGAAGCCAGGCCUCCGCGGUCGCCGGUCCCUUGGAGAAGGGGGAGUCGUCGUGUGGAAACCUUGGCUUUGACCACUUCCUGGGUGGCACUCUUUGGCUCACUCCCCCCCAGGCUUUACCCGGUGGGCCUGACCUGCAGAGCAGCUUGGAAACGCCAGCGGGUCACAGUUGGAGCAGACGGGACUGCAGGCGACCUUGUGGAGGGGUGGCACUUCCACCAUCGCAGCUGCUCCGGGGCCUGUGGUCACUCGCAGUGCCCAUCGGGGCCCCUCACUGUAAAGUUAUUUAUUGGAUUUCUUCGGAUUAGUGGGAAAAUUAUGAUGUUUUGUAUGGGAAAAUGCCUUGCCUUGAUUGUCGAAUAUAUUCAAGGGUGUUUCUGUU